AGCUUUCAACUUUCUCUCUUUUUGGAGUUUUGGGUAUUAAAAUCCACUGAUUUUGAUCCAAAAACCAUAGUAAACAGUGAUUAACAAAGAAAGAAAGAAGUAAUUUCUCCAUUAAUAUUCAUCAUGUGCAGCAAUGAGGAGCAUUAAUGGCAGAAAAAUCGUUUCUUUAUUCAAAUCUGAAAAAUUACUUCAAAAACCAGAAACAGAUAUAUGAAUGGCAGCAAGAAUCUCCAUCAAACACUUGACCCCUUAUUUUUCUUUCACAAAAAAAUCCCAAUUCUCUUCAUUAACACCUACUUAUCAAUCCAAAGCUUUGGAAUUUCUUGAUUCAUGUCAAAGUUUGGCACAACUCUUUCAAAUCCAAGCACAUUUGAUAAUAACUGGUCUUUUACAAGUACAAAAUCCCUCAUAUUCUUGCAGAUUUUUGAAGCUCUGUACUCAGCAUUGUGAUGAUAUUGAAUAUACUGCAUUGGUAUUUAAGUGCAUUCAUUUUCCUGAUACUUUUUCAGUUAAUACUGUUAUAAAAGCUUAUGCUUGUAGUUCUUUGCCUGAUAAUGCUGUAGUUUUCUAUUUCCAAAGGCUUAAAAAUGGGUUCUUGCCUAAUAGUUUUACGUUUCCACCUCUCAUGAGUGCUUGUGCUAAAACGGGUCGUUUGGAUUCGGGUCAGAAGUGUCAUGGACAAGUUAUGAAAAAUGGUGUUGAUGGAGUUUUGCAAGUGCAGAACUCUUUAGUGCAUUUUUAUAGUUGUUGUGGUUUUAUUGAUCUUGCUAGGAAGGUAUUCGAUGAAAUGCACCAGAGGGAUGUUGUGUCUUGGAACAGUAUUAUGAAUGGAUAUGUAAAAGUGGGUGAAUUACUCGUUGCGCGACAGUUGUUUGAUGCAAUGCCAGAGUGUAAUUUAGUUGGGUGGAAUGUCAUGAUGACUGGGUAUUUGAAUUCGAAUAACCCUGGGAAGUGCCUAAAGUUGUUCAGAGAAAUGGCACAGAGGGGAUUGAAUGGAAACGAUACAACUAUAGUUAUUGCAGUUACUGCUUGUGCUAGGUCAGCUCGAAUGAAGGAAGGAAAAUCUGUUCAUGGGUGUCUUAUUAAGGCAUCAAAAGACUUGAAUUUGAUUAUUAGUACGACUUUAAUCCAUAUGUAUAGUAGAUGCGGAAGAGCCGAAAUAGGUCGUUUAAUUUUUGAUCGGAUAUCGAUCAAGAACAUAGUUUGCUGGAAUGCAAUGAUUUUAGGGUAUUGCAUUCAUGGAAGCCCAAAAGAUGGGCUUAAUCUGUAUUCAGACUUGCUGAGUAUUAGAUUAGAAAGUACAGAAAAAAAUCAUGUUAAGAUCCGUGUGCUUCCUGAUGAAAUCACAUUUGUCGGCGUCUUAUGCGCUUGUGCCCGUGAAGGACUGUUAACAGAAGGAAGAGAACACUUUGGAAACAUGAGUGAUGUGUUUGGUAUAAAGCCCAGCUUUGCACAUUAUUGGUGCUUGGCUAAUCUUUUGGCAAAUGUUGGCCUAAUGCAAGAAGCAAUAGAAACUCUGAAGAACAUACCAGUGGAGAGCAAUUUGCCACUGGAAUCCUCAUUGUGGUCUGAAUUGCUUGGCUCAGCACGCUUUGGACGGGAUGUAAGUUUAGGAGAACAAAUUGCGAAGAAGUUGAUUGAUCAAGACCCCAAGAAUUUUUGGCAUUAUUUAUUGCUGGUGAACAUCUAUGCUGCAGCUGGUCGUUGGGAUGAAGUAGCUCAGACAAAGGAGAAAAUGAAGAAUAGAGGAAUAGAAAGAACACCAGGUUGCAGUUUAAAAGACCUGAAGGAAAUUGUUCACAACAUGUCAACCACAUAAAGUGCAGCUGUCUGUGCUUCUUUGAUACUUUGGGCUCUAACAAUGAAGAAUAUAAAUUGCACGAGAUGCAGCAGCAGCUUCAAUGGAACAUUUUUGAUGAAUCUAUGGCUAACUGUCCUUGCAUCAUAAGGUGCUUUGAAAAAGCUAAACAUCAUG